AUGUCCAGUGCGAUGAUCCUGUCGUGCGUGCUUGCCGUGAUCUUCGUCCUUCAGGAUGCUUCUGGCUACAGACACGAGAUGCGCCUUCACAUGCGCAAUGAGGCGAGCAACAAGUCAGCACAACAUGGUGGUGCCAGCGGCGACGACUCACAGGCAUCACUGUCUUGCGAGACAGGGGUGGGUCGGUUCGAGUGCGAAGACUCCAAGUACUACUGGGACAGCUUCAAGUACAUGGGUGACGGGAAGUGCUGCACACAGAAGUCGAUGGUCUGCGAAGAUCACCCUUGGGGACCAAUGGGGUGCGAAGGGAUCCGCAAGGAAUGGAAGCAGAAAGGUUGGAAGUUCCUCAAGGGCAGCAGGCCGAGAACAAGAGCGAGAGGUGCUGCCUCGUUACGGACUCAAAAGUACGGCUGA